CCUUGUCUUGUGUCUUCGUCCCAUCACCAAAAAUGGCAUCUCUCUCUCUCUCUCUCUGGAGCUCUCCAUCUUGAAAUCUUCUAAGUCUGAUUAGAGUGGCCAGCGACAAAUUAUCUCGCGACAACCAGCCAAAAGCAGAGCAGAGAAAUGCUGUCUCACCACACACAUACCCGCUUCAUUACCCGUUCUGGUCUCGGGCGCUAGUCCAUGCUGCUCCUGGGUAUUGUAUAGCCUGAUUCUCAGACCGAAGCUCCACAGGCGAGAGAUCGGAUUCUUCUGAGAGGGUUUGUCGCUAACCUCCCAAAGUAGCUCCUUUCUGCUGUUCAUGUGACUUUUGUCUUGCUUGAUUAAUUGCUGCAAUAGCUGGGCCAGCUUGGUGCUCGCUUUUGAGCGGCAAGAGCGAAAAAGGUUUUGGCCUUUGGGAGUAUGCAGGCGGGCGCCAACAUGAUGUGGCUCGCGGUGCUUCUGGUUUUGCAAAGUGGGCUGUGGUCGUUUGGUGGAGCCGCCACGAAUGCUUCCACAAGGCCGGAGUCUGUGAACAUUGGGGGCGUCUUCUCCGUCAACACCCUGAUAGGCAAAGUGGCCAGAGUGGCUAUUCUUGCUGCGAUUGAGGAUGUGAACACUGACCCGUCGGUGCUUGGUGGAACCAAGCUCAACCUUACGAUACAGGACACCAACUACAGUGGCUUCCUGGGCAUAGUUGAGGCUUUGCAGUUCAUGGAGAGCGACACGGUCGCCAUAAUUGGACCCCAGACUUCGGUCACUGCUCAUGUGAUAUCGCACAUUGCGAGUGAAUUGCAAGUCUCUCUGCUCUCGUUUUCGGCCACGGACCCGACCCUGUCCGCACUCCAGUUCCCUUAUUUCAUAAUGACCGCGCAGAACGAUCUGUUUCAGAUGGCCGCAGUAGCGGCGAUGGUGGACUUUUACGGGUGGAGGGAAGUGACAGCCAUCUACGUUGAUGAUGACCACGGGCGGAACGGUAUUGCCGCGUUAGCAGACAAGCUCUCGGAGCGCCGCUGCAAGAUCUCUUACAAGGCACCGAUGAGCCUGGAGGCGACUCGGGACGAUAUGACCGAUGUGCUGGUGAAGGUGGCGUUGAUGGAGUCGCGCAUCAUUGUUCUUCACACUUACUCCACUCCGGGACCUCACGUGCUUGAAGUGGCCAAGAAUCUUGGAAUGAUGGGUAAUGGAUACGUUUGGAUCACAACUAACUGGCUUUCAACAAUCUUAGACACGAGCUCGCCGCUCCCUUCGGAUGAGAUGGAGAGGUAUCAGGGAGUCCUCUCGCUGCGUCCAUACACGCCGGACACCGGACUCAAGAGGAAAUUUGUUUCUCGGUGGAGUAACUUGACGAGCACAUUUUCGACUAAUGGGACGUUUGGACUGAGUACCUACGGCUUAUAUGCGUAUGACACAGUUUGGAUACUUGCUCGAGCGAUUAACGCGUUCUUUGAUCAGGGUGGAGUAAUUUCGUUUUCAAAUGAUUCGAAGUUGACCGGCCUAAGUGGGGGGAAACUGCACCUCGAUGCUAUGAGCAUCUUCAACAGAGGGAAAUUGCUGCGCGAUUCCAUUCUGCAGGUCGAUACAACAGGCGUAACUGGCCCUAUUCGAUUCACUCCUGACAAAAACCUUAUUCAUCCAGCAUAUGAAAUCAUCAAUGUGGUAGGCAGUGGAUAUAGGAAGAUCGGCUAUUGGUCUAAUUACUCUGGCUUAACAGUGGUGCCUCCCGAGACGCUGUACUCGAGGCCACCAAAUCGUUCCAGCUCGAGCCAGCAACUGCACCCGGUUAUUUGGCCUGGAGAAACAACACAGAAGCCUCGUGGUUGGGUUUUCCCAGACAACGGUAUGCACUUGAAGAUUGGAGUCCCGAAGAGAGUUAGCUUCCGCGAAUUUGUGUCGCAAGCAGAAGGCACGGCUGAUAUGUUCACUGGUUACUGCAUCGAUGUCUUCACAGCCGCUUUGAACUUGUUGCCUUAUGCCGUGCCUUACAAGUUCAUCCCGUUCGGGGACGGUCACAGCAACCCAAGUGACACGGAGCUUGUUCGGUUGAUAACAACUGGGACUUUUGAUGCUGCAGUAGGAGAUAUUGCGAUCACCACCAACAGGACUAGGAUGGCGGACUUUACACAGCCAUAUAUCGAGUCCGGGCUAGUCGUGGUGGCCCCGGUCAGGAAAUUGGACUCUAAUGCGUGGGCUUUCUUCAGGCCGUUUACGUGGAAGCUGUGGUGCGUGACGGCCUUAUUCUUCCUCAUUGUCGGAGCAGUAGUGUGGAUUCUGGAGCACAGGUUGAACGAUGACUUCCGUGGACCUCUUAGGAGACAAAUUGUCACUAUGCUGUGGUUUAGCUUUUCAACUUGGUUUUUUGCUCAUAAAGAAAAUACCGUGAGUAUGCUCGGUCGCUUUGUGCUGAUCAUGUGGCUGUUUGUGGUUCUUAUCAUUAACUCGAGUUACACGGCAAGUCUGACCUCGAUCCUCACAGUCCAACAGCUUUCUUCUCCUAUCAAAGGGAUUGAAACAUUAUUAUUGAGUAAUGAUCCCAUAGGAUACCAGCAGGGAUCUUUCGCCCGCAAUUAUUUGAUAGAGGAACUCAGCAUUCAUGAAUCCAGACUUGUUCCUCUCAUCAUGCCAGAAGAUUAUGCCAAGGCCUUGAAAGACGGUCCUCACAAAGGCGGAGUUGCUGCGGUGAUCGACGAGCGUGCAUAUCUCGAGCUUUUUCUCUCAACUCAAUGCGAAUUCAGCAUUGUGGGUCAAGAAUUCACCAAAAAUGGAUGGGGAUUUGCAUUUCCACGGGACUCGCCCUUGGCUGUUGAUAUGUCGACGGCGAUUCUGAAGCUCUCGGAAAAUGGGGAUCUCCAACGGAUGCAUGACAAAUGGCUAAUGAGAAGUGCAUGCACAUCACAGGGGACGAAGCUCACACUCGACCGUCUUCACCUCAAAAGCUUCUGGGGCCUCUUCGUUCUGUGCGGGUCAGCUUGCUUCUUGGCCCUCUUCAUAUAUUUCCUAAUGAUGGUCCACCAGUUCAGCCAGCACUAUUCUGAGGAACCCGAGAGCGCCGCCUCGAGCUCCCGAUCGGGCCGUCUACGGACUUUUCUCUCUUUCAUCGACGAGAAGGAAGAGACGGUGAAAAGCCGGUCCAAGAGGAGGCAAUUGGAGCGGGCCUCCAACAGGAGCACUGACGACGACGGAUCGCUGAAUGAUUCCAAGAGAAGGCAUAUCGAAUACUCUUCGAACAACAACUUUACUUCCGGUAAUCUAGUUUAAGUAAAUGUAAAUCCUUCCCAGAACUCCCACUGUCAGUCACAAGAAAUCUUUCUGAUACGUGAUUUCAAACCUUGUUAUACUCCAUAGCUGUGUUUACACUCGUUGACAAUUGUAAAUUGUUGCGACUCAGAAAAAAAUCGAGUAAAGGGUAUGCUUUACAGGGAAA